UCUUCUUCCUCUGAUUCUCCACAAAAACCCUAAUCGUAAGAUUAAUUUAAGAUUAGUGGAAACAAAUAAUAAUUAUCAAAAAGGUCAAAGGUCAACCCCAUGAUAUCUUAAAAAUCGUAUUGAAUCACGAUCCAUCUCGAGAAAAACACAAAAAUGUCGUCGGAGAUUGAAGUUGUGGAAGAAAUCGAAUCCAAUCCAAACGAGAACAACGAAUCCAAUCCCAAACCGAUCGAAGACGAGAGCUUGAAGAACGACGUCUACACUGCCUCGGCGUACGGUGAUUUGGAGAAGCUUCAUAGAUUGGUAGAGUGUGAAGGCUGCUCUGUUUCUGAACCCGAUGGUCUCGGCUACUAUGCUCUUCAGUGGUCUGCUUUGAACAACCGCUCAGCCGUUGCUCAGUACAUUAUCGAGCAUGGGGGAGAUGUGAAUGCGACGGAUCAUACGGGGCAGAGUGCGUUGCAUUGGAGUGCUGUUCGUGGUGCGGUGCAAGUUGCGGAGCUUUUGUUACAGGAGGGUGCUAGGGUUGAUGCUACGGAUAUGUAUGGAUAUCAGCCAACACAUGUUGCAGCACAGUAUGGCCAGACUGCUUUUCUCUGCCACGUCAUCUCAAAGUGGAACGCUGAUCCUGAUGUGCCCGAUAAUGAUGGAAGAAGCCCCUUGCACUGGGCUGCCUAUAAAGGUUUUGCAGAUUCAAUCCGCCUUCUUUUAUUUUUAGACGCAUAUAGAGGACGUCAGGACAAAGAAGGUUGCACUCCUUUGCAUUGGGCUGCCAUUCGAGGUAAUUUGGAGGCUUGCACUGUAUUGGUUCAGGCUGGGAAGAAAGAGGAUUUGAUGAUUACUGACAAUACCGGGCUUACCCCCGCACAACUUGCCGCUGAAAAGAAUCACCGACAAGUGUCUUUUUUCCUUGGUAAUGCUAGAAGGCUGCUUGAAAAGCGGUGGGAUGGAAGCAGUCCCCUUGGAAAAUUGUCAAAGUUGGGACUUGCUCCAUUUCUUUGGUUCAUGAUUCUUCUACUUCUGCUCAUAUAUACUAAUUCCGUUGUUUUGGCAUCCAAUCUGCCGAAGCUAACAAUUGGGAUUGGUUCGUUUGCAUGGUUGGGGUUCCUUCUUGCAACAGCAGGACUAGUUUUGUUUUACCGUUGUAGCAAAAAGGAUCCAGGUUACAUCAGAAUGAAUAUCCAUGAUCCGCAGACCAUAAAAGACGAUGAACCACUAUUGAAAAUAGAGCUAAACAACCCUGCUUUGCUUGCUGGGAAUUGGACACAGCUCUGUGCAACAUGCAAGAUUAUCAGACCUAUUCGAGCUAAGCACUGUUCUACCUGUGAUCGUUGUGUAGAGCAAUUUGAUCACCAUUGUCCUUGGGUGUCAAACUGUGUUGGAAAAAAAAACAAGUGGGAGUUUUUUCUUUUUCUUCUAUUUGAAGUACUAGCGAUGCUGAUAACUGGUGGCGUCACGCUUGCAAGAGUCCUGAGUGAUCCUUCAGCUCCAUCUUCGUUUGGAGCAUGGAUUAGCUAUGUCGCUAGCAAUCAUGUGGGUGCAUUAUCCUUUCUGCUUGUGGAGUUCUGCCUCUUCUUUUCAGUUGCUGUCUUAACAGUCAUACAAGCGUCCCAGAUAUCGAGGAAUAUAACCACAAACGAAAUGGCUAACGCACUGCGCUACAGCUACCUAAGAGGUCCAGGGGGUGGCUUCAGGAAUCCGUACGAUCACGGUUGCAGGAGAAACUGCUCGGAUUUCUUGGUGAAAGGUUAUAACGAAGAUAUCGAGUGUCAUGAAGAAGACACAACACCGAGACAAGAAGGUAUUAGCAUGAUGCAGAUGCAGCGGAGUUCUAAUACUCAAAACGGCAAUGGCCACGUUGCUAUUGAUGUUAACCCGAUACAUAAAUCGCAGUCAGCACAUGUUCAUUCUUCCAACUGCAGCCAUAACCAUAGCAGUAAGUCAUAGAGUCAUAGCGUUACUUCGGGUUCGGGACUUGGUCUUGGCCGGAACUCAACCCGACCUGUUGUACCUCCAUGAUAUAUUAUAUGGUCGUGUCCCAAAUGUUAUUCAAAUGUGCAUUUGUGUUGUAAGAAUCACGU